AUGUCAUCUUCCGACUGGCUCCCAGGUGACUCAGCGACAGAUGAGACAAGUGGAGACUUUGAGAAUGAACUAUCAAGUACCAUUCUGAGUAAUGAUAACUUUGAGAAUGAACUUCCAGAUACCAUUCUGAGUAGUGGUAACUUUGAGAUUGAUCUUCCAAGUACCAUUCUGAGUAGUGGUAACUUUGAGAUUGAUCUUCCAAGUACCAUUCUGAGUAGUGGUAACUUUGAGAAUGAGCUUCCAAAUACCAUUCUGAGUAGUGGAGACUUUGAGAAUGAACUAUCAAGUACCAUUCUGAGUAGUGGUAACUUUGAGAAUGAACUUCCAAGUACCAUUCUGAGUAAUGGUAACUUUGAGAAUGAACUUCCAGAUACCAUUCUGAGUAGUGGUAAUUUUGAGAAUGUACUUCCAAGUACUAUUCUGAGUAGUGGUAACUUUGAGAUUGAACUUCCAAGUACCAUUCUGGGUAAUGGUAACUUUGAGAUUGAUCUUCCAAGUACCAUUCUGAGUAAUGGUAACUUUGAGAAUGAACUAUCAAGUAACAUUCUGAGUAAUAGUAACUUUGAGAUUGAACUUCCAAGUACCAUUCUGAGAGUACAGAAUAGCAGCGAACAUCUGGAGAAUAUGGUGAGAGAAAAACAGAAAGAUGAGUCAACUGACCCUAACAUACCACCGCCAGGUGGCGGUAAAUGUAACUCUCAGGUUAGAGAAUUCUACCGGGACCGUGCAGUUCUCGUGACUGGGGCAACAGGAUUCGUGGGGAAGGUCCUGGUAGAAAAACUUCUACGUUCCUGUAGUCGUUUGAAAACAAUCUACCUCUUACUUCGAUCGAAGGAUGACAAGAAUGUGCGACAGCGUCUGGAUGAACUGCUUCUAUCAAAAGCAUUUGAUCGAAUUUCAUCGGAAAGCCAAUCAGUUAUGACAAAGAUCGUUCCAAUAGCCGGUGACGUCACAGAAGAUGGAUUAGGGAUCAGUUCUUCAGAUGAGGAGGUUUUGGUGAAUAACGUGUCUGUUGUCUUCCACUGUGCAGCUACAGUGAAAUUUGACGAACCUUUCAAGCAAUCAGUUGACAUCAAUGUAGUUGGAACAAGACGAAUACUCCAACUUUGUCACAAGAUUAAGCACCUGGUGGCCUUGAUCCACGUGUCUACAGCCUAUAGCAACUGUAACCGACAAGAAAUAGACGAGACUGUCUACAUAGAGCAUGUUUCUCCUGCAAGUGUUAUAGAAGCUACUCAGUGGAUGUCAGACAGUCUACUGGACACCAUAACCCCUCAUCUCCUCAAUGGUAGACCAUGUAGUUACCAUUAUACCAAAGCCUUGGCUGAGAACUUGUUGGUGGAAGAAGGCCUUGGGCUGCCGAUCGCCAUUGUUCGGCCUUCCAUUAUCACAGCCUCUUGGAAAGAUCCUAUUCCAGGCUGGGUAGACAACUUAAACGGUACCUCAGGAUUUAUAGUUGCGACUGGUAAAGGAAUUCUACGAACGAUGAUGGUGCAGCGUAGUAUAGGAGCUGACGUCAUUCCAGUGGAUACAGUGGUCAACAUGAUGAUAUGUGUAGCCUGGCAGAUGAAAAUAGAAAGGCCAGAGAAUGUGAUGGUGUACAAUUGCACCUCAGGUCCUAUCAAUAGAGUCACGUGGGGAGAGAUAGAACGACUUGCUUAUCCUUUCAUCUUAACACACCCAAGCAUGGAGGUCCUCCGGUACCCUGGUGGCAGCUUCAAGACCAACCGUUUACUGAACAGGAUCUGUGAGGUCCUGGAACAUGAAAUACCAGCAAGGAUAAUUGAUUUCUUAGCGAAAGUUCUUGGUUACAAACCUGGGUUAGUUCAAGUGUACAACAGACUUCAUAGGGCCGUCCACAUUCUUGAAUACUUCACUACACAUGAGUGGACUUUCCACGCGGAUAACGUGCUCAUGCUCAUGAACAAGCUGGAGGGCAAGGACAAAGAAAUAUUUGACCUUGAUAUUCGUAAAAUUGAUAUGCACGAGUAUAUGGAAAACUACGUUCUGGGAGUGAGAAGAUAUGUAUUAAAAGAAGAUGACUCGACUCUUCCAGCAGCAAGAAAAAAACUCAGGAGGGUAUACUACUUAGGGUUUCUUUUCCGUCUACUAAUAUUGUGUGGGUUCCUUCGAGUUCUUUUCAAGUGGUCUAGGCUGGCUAGAAAACUGUGGUGGUCACUGGCAUCGUACGUGUUCCAGCUAAGACAAGUAAUUUUAUCAGCAGCGUCGUCCACGUGAAUUAGGCUCAAUAGACUUCUCUUUUCACUCUCAGGAGUGGAAUAACGGAACAUGCAUAUACUUACUUCACUUUUUAGGAAAUUUUUUAAUUUCCCAACUUAAAUCUUAAUUUGAUGUGAAGAAAGAACCUCUACUGUCUUGACUGGGGCGCCUUAGCGCUUCGGAAUAUGAUUACCAAGUGUUAUAUUUGUUAACCUAAGAAUACAAUUAUGAAAUUAGUUUAAAUAAAACAGCGACCUCCCUGGGAAAAUAUCUGAUAUAAUAUUUCAAGACUGAAAAUAAACCAAGUUUCGUAUUACUAAAUUUGCAUAAUAAUAACAUGAAAAUUAUUUUAUUGUAUCAAUACUAUCAUUUCAGCCUACACACGUUCUUUAUGUUUGAAAUGGGGGAUUUUUCUAGAUUAUAUUUUAAAAUUUGCUGCUUCUUUCUCACAACUCAGAGAGGUUAUAUAUAUAUAUAUAUAAUACGACUGAAAAAUCUGCUUCAAUGUAUAAGUGUAAACAAUAUUUAUAUUUCAAUAUUUUAAGAUUCGAAUAAAAAAAGGUUAUCAGUAUAAAACUAAGGUGUAAAAUCAUUAUUUUAGAUUUAUCAUAAUAAGUUUAAGCGUUCUUGAUCCCAAGGUGUCAUUUUCGCUCCAGUUAUGUUGGCAGAUACUUUGUCUUUAAGUUUAUCUCAGUGCGUCAUUUUCUUUCUCCAGAUCCAUUUUAAUACUGAAAAUUUCUUUUUGAAACUCAGAGUGUCACUUUCUACUACUAGAUAUGUUUUAGAUAAUUAGAUUCUUUGCGAAGAUCAGAGUGUCACUUUCUCUCUCCUGAUCAUUUAUUAUCUUAGCAGAUUAUUUAUAAAGUUCAAAGUGUCACUUUUUCUCUCUCCAGAUCUGUUUUCAGAUUGAUAAGUGCUUUAUGAAGCUCAAAACGUUAAUUGAUUUCCGGAUUCUAUAUGAAAGUCA